AUGGCGCCGUCGAAGCGCAUUCUCAAAACGUGCACUGGCAACGUUGGCCCAACAGUUGACUUCUUGUACCACAGCACGCUGCUGGUUUUCUGGCUACGGGCUCGCAGUCUGGAAGCCCUUGGCUACGGCCGUGCGUUGACUCGUCUGCAGUCGCUGCUUGACACUGGCGACGAAGGCGCUGCCGACGCGUUGCUGGGGCGUAUGUCGGCGUUCACCGAGGCACCGACCGUCUCUCAGCUCGCAGCAGCGCUGGAAGCAGCGGCGACGCUCGGCGAAGGCGCCCACGAGAUGGUCGUGCAAGUCCGUACCGGCACUGUUAUCUCCGAUCGCUGCCCUUAUCAACUCAUGUGCAUGGACGGCCGCCUUGCAAGAUGGGUGUGCAACUCGGUCGUGCCGGACCUCAACGCUGCCAACGUGGUUCAACUUGCCGCCGCCGCACCCACUGCCGCCAAGACUCUCCUGUUGAAGAUCAAUACGUCGUUGGUGCGUCUGCCACUGGAUUCAUUGAUCGCGCUGCACGAUCUCGAUGCCGCUGGGCAUUUGCCGUUCGGUCGGUUUUUGCACCUUGUGGAGAUGGCGGCGUUGAGCAAAACCGACAUGGCGGCACGGGACACACGCGUCAUGACAACCGCAGAGCCCAAACCUUCCACAACUUGCAAGACGCCGGCGCUACGACCAUUGAACCGUGCGCACUUGGCGGCCAUCGCCGCGAUUUUGCUCUCGAAGCCCCGGGCUGCACCCGUAUUUGUGCACUCACAUUGCCAAAGCGCCGACGAGUCCUUUGUACCACUUGUUUUGGAGGCGGCGUGGCACCUCGCCGAGACGCCCAUGUACGCGGAUCUCGUUCGUCACCGUCCGAGCUUGCUGCCGGACGUCGACGACCAGCCACCGGUGGAGUUGUGGUGCCAACCGAAUGCGCACUUGCCAGCGUACCCACGCGUGGAGGCCUUUCUCCGCGACCCCAAGCGGGAGACAACGGAGCACGGCUUCAGCAACACGGGCAUCUACUUCGCAGCCACGUACUUUGGCCCCAGCAUCAACGCGACCUCGGACGCGAGCUCAGAGGCGACGCCCUUUCGCGCCGGGAAGGCUGCAUGCUGCAGCAUUGCCAAGACGACCGCAUUCUACGCUGUGGCACUUGAAACGUGGACGAAGCGCCGCGACGAGGCGUCGGCCUGCACCAGACUUUGAAACCGAUUCAGCAAUCAUCGGAAUUGCGCAAACCAUGCAGUUGCUACUAGCAACAGAUCAGCAAGCAUUUUGUGAGGGUACAUCAUGAAUGCUUUUUUGGUUUUAUAUAAGAGGUGUCGUCGAC